CAUGUCCUUCCCGAGGUCAUCAAGAGACAACGGGUCGUCUCAUGCCCUACUGCGUCCAUGCUGGAUAUCCGGAUCGGGGAUGAGGCCGCUGUCCUUUCGGCUAGGCGUCAAAGGGCUGUCUUUAAACGGCAUCUUCUUUACCCCCAGAAACCCAUCCUCACCUCCUUGCUGGUCGCUUGUAGAUUGCACCCGUCAGGAAGAAGCAACCCCGGGUUCCAUUCUCUGUCAUCUCGCAGAUCCAAAGCCUCACUCGGCCCGCCAGAUCUAACCAGCCACACGUCAAAGCCUUGUUCGCCUACCGACGCUGUUCUCCCUCUUGCCCUAGCACACGCCAAUCUGGUCCGGAUCUCCCGUCUCCCGCAGCUUUGCAAGCUCCUGCUGUUCUUGGUGUUCGUCUCUGACACCUUAGCAUAUGGGACGUUGAAACAUGGAUCUCUACCUUCCUGUAUCAAGAUUUGUAGUAGGUCAACAUCUGGGAAUGGGCCAGAUUUACUAGACUUCGGAUCUUUGCACUUCCAUGGGUCUUGGCCUUCCUCCUUGUGAGUAUAUAUCACCAUGAAGUCGAUCUCUCAAUUGUCACUCCACACCACAAGCAGCUUCAUUCCUUUUGCAAGACUUUUGACAAGUCUCUUCCAAUCUUUCCAAGGCUUUUGAUAAGUCUGUCUUUCAGUUCUCUGACUUGUGCCGGACACUCUCAUUUACCAACUUGACUGGAUCAAUCUUCUCUACAACUUUCUCUUCUAAAACAAACCCAAACAAACCCACAAUCAAAAUGAAGGUCUCUACGCUCUCAGCUUUGAGCACUCUUUUCGCCGGCUUGACGUUGGCUGCUCCUGUCGACAUUGCCAAACGAGGCUCGCGAUUCUCGGAAGUCGACAUCACCAUCCUGCAAUUCGCGUUGACUCUCGAACACCUCGAGAACACCUUCUAUCAAGAAGCUUUCAGGACCUUCCAACUGCAGGACUUCAUCGAUGCCGGCUUCAGUGAGGAGUUCGUCAUCAACCUUCAAUUCAUCGCCUCUGAUGAAUCCACUCAUGUCUCGGUUCUUCAAUCUGCCAUCUCAUCUGCUGGUGUUGCCCCAGUUCAACCUUGCCAGUACAGCUUCCCAGUCACCGAUGUCGCCAGCUUUGUGACUUUGUCUGCUGUCCUCGAGAGCAUCGGCACCAGCGCCUACCUUGGUGCGGCUGGCUUCGUCGGCUCGAAAGACAUUCUCACCAUCGCCGCAAGUAUUAUGGCCACCGAGGGAUUGCACACCUCCCUCCAAAGAAGCUCACUCGGUGCCAUUGGAGCUCCCGACCCCUUCUUCACUCCGCUCGAUGCCAACGCCGUCUUCACGCUCGCGGCACAGUUUAUUGUCUCCUGCCCGUCUUCCAACGCGGCCUUGCCAUUCACGUCCUUCCCCAGUCUUACGGUGGAUGCCCAGCAAUGCUUCAAUGAAGCGGGCAGUUUCGGUGCCUCUCAAGUCCAGGAGGCUGUCUCAGCCACUGACACCACCAGCGCCGACUAUGCCACCAUAACCUGGGCUGAUAGCACUGACACCGCCGUCUCCGACAUUGCCGACGUCACUACCACCGUUGAUACCGCCACAGAGAGUGCGACCGACGCCGCCGCUGCCGUUUCCACCACAACCGAUGCCGCUGCUUCAGCGACUGAAUCCACCGAGGUGGCCGCCGCGACCACAGCGCCUGCUAGACUCCGUGUCCGCCAGGAUGCCAACAGCACCGAUGCUACCAGCUCUGUUGACGUCAAUGCCACCACUACCGCUGACGCAGCCGUCGCCACCGAUUCUGCUGUCUCUGCAGCCAGCUCCGAAUCCAGCUCUGCCUCUAGCUGCUCUCCCAUUACUGCCGGCUCCAUGAUCAACCUGACUCCAGACUUCUCUUCAUCUCGUCACGACUUUAGCCGAGUCACUGAGAUCUUCGUCACCUUUGUGGAAGGACUCAACAUCAUUUCCAUCGCCGUCCAGAUUAACCAGGGCAUCAUUGGUGGCGGUGGAAUGAGCGUCCAGGUCCCAUCAGGCAUUGGCGGACAGGUCUUCAUCUUCAUCACCAUCAUCGACAUCUCCGGCCGGUCGCUCAGCGACUCUGAUGUCCUCUUUGGCCCCGCUAUCCUGGAGGUUUCCCCUUCUCUACCAUCGCUCGGGUUCUAGGAGCUCCACGCAUUCAGACAGAACUACGUUUUUGCUUCACGGCGUUUUGUGGCCUGACUUGAAGGACUUCACGUGUAGAGCAACGUGUCAUCCCCUGUUGGGCAGGGGAACGAAGGGUGCAAGAACAAUCUUGUACACCCCAUUGCUACUUGAAUUCAUCUGUGCGAAGUUUAUGGGGCAGGGUUUCUAACUUUCAGGACUCUCCUUCACGCCAGUCAUGUCUAACCUUUUUGUGUUUUGUCUAUUUGUGGAGAAGAGAAAGCCUGUGGGCUCAGAUACCCGAAAUGCACAGAGAGAGGAAUGCCGGCCGCCUAUGCGCCGGCAAGAACGGGAGGUGGGAAAAGCCUUGUCAAUAGAACAGAACGUACCAUGAGAUACCGCCGCAAGUGAAUAUUGAAAGAUCA